GACCAUUAACGGAGCAUAGCACUCCCGAAAGUCGCAAAUAAAAAAUAACACUGUUUUAUAUUUCAACAACUUUCCACGCUUCGGACCUCAACCUCACAUUGUAGUUUGUUGUGUAAACAAAAAAGGUACAGUCAGUGUGAUAGUGAUAUUGCCACGUUACAACAACAUCAAUACAUUUUAAAACGGAAUUGUUUUGAUUUGUAUGUAAAACGACUGUAUUUAGUGUAUUGUUGACGUAUGUUAUGUGAAAGCACCAGACAAGCAUAGUUGAAGAGGUUGUUUACUCUCUACCAGAAUCUCACUUCCACGUUAUACAGAGAAGUCUGUUAUUAAUUUUUAGUGAAUUAGCGUCUGCGAAUCCUGUUCUUGAAAUAGGCCGGAUGUUUAUCAACGGUUUUGGUAACAGUAACAGCAGGUUGAUGCCAGAAAUGCCUUCAGCGGAAAGGUGUACUAUGACGUCUGGCACUCGAUCUGAUUUCAAUAUUUCCUCUAGAGAGAUAGAAAGUUUGGUUUUGGAGAUAAAGGAAAACCUCAGGCUCUCCACUGGAUCAACCACUAUCCCUUACCAGGCUCUACCACGCAGUCAGUGUUCAAGGAAAUCAUCUAGAGCAUCUCCUUAUAGUAGGCCUGUGAUUUGUUAUAAGUGUGGACUUUAUGGACCAAAUUGUUGUUUGAGAUCUAAAAGGAAACAGCCAGAAAUGACAAGUAAUGAAGACCCAUAUGAGUUCCUUCAAAAAUUAUUGAAAGACGGGAGUCUGGUUAAUGAAGCUGUGAAAAGAGUCCAACGAGGAUUUACCCCAAAGGAGGAUUUUUAUUAUGAUUCCGAUGAUGAUUGUAGAAGCCCUAUCUUUCGAUUUAUACCCAAAGAGAACUAGAUUUGACUUGAAUAAUUCUAAGUAAUUUAUUGUUCCUGUACUGUAAGUGAUGUGAAAGUUGUCUCAGAUGAAUAGCCAAAUGAAAAAAGUAGUACAUAAUAUAGUGAAUAAUGAGCAUCAAUUUCUUUCAAAAAUUCAAUUUGGCUUCUGAAACCUCUCCAUAAUUCCUAGUAUUAUUUCGAAUAGUAGCCCUGGAGCAUGCAUACUAUUAGGGCUCACAAAAUAAAAUGAUGUCUGUGAUUCUGGCUCAGAUUCUGUUGAAGAUUUGUGAUGUGUAUCAAAAGCUUGAUAGUUUUCUUUGAUUCAAAUAUUAUAUAGGGUCACUGACUAAUGACUAAAGUGAUCUGUAGUCAAUGGUAGUUUGGUUUUAUGAUUUAUUAUGAAUGUAUAACUAUAAUUCAAGUAUUUUGUUAGAAAAUCUUGAGUAAUUUGAAUAAAUCCUUAUUUUAUACAGUUAGUAAUAUUCAUUUUGUAUAAGGAAUAAAU